ACGGAGUAUAUCGAUUUGGCUAGGAUGAAGCCGAGCUGGAUUGAAGGGUGGAGCUGUUUAGCACUUGAAGGCAGCAGCUACGGAGGCGGGAAAACGGAGAGGAUCAUCUCGCACGUAAUGCCGGUGACAUCAGACCGCGUUCUUAUCACGCCAUGUUAUCAUCAAUGCACUUGGAAUUCCAAUAACACCCUUGCUCUUUUGUUAAACUGACAAAAACCCCCCUUUCUCCUGGGGUUUUAUUGGUCGGUCACGUAAGAAAUCCUCACCGCCGGAUGGGAGAACCAGAAAUGCCACGUCAGGCUGCAGCUUUUUAACGUUUCAAAUGAGCUCUCUCGGUGCCACGUGUCCGGGUGCCGAGACCGCUGCUGGCCCCCACAACCGAACCCUUUAAAACUCUCGUAGAGCCCUAAAGCGCCAAAACACACCACCACUCCCCACCAAAGCUCGCAACCGCCCAGGCCUAGCCACCGCGCUUCCGUCAUGGCUUCCGCCACUUUCUCUCUCUAAAGCUCCGUCUCUUUGGAAAAACUCUCCGAUCAUUGAUAUCAGUACUUGUACAGCCUCCGGUUGAAGCUAAUCAAUGGGAUUCCAAAACCCAAAUGAUACACAGCAUCCACUAGCAUCUACUCCUUUUCAAGUGCAUGAUGAGCUUGCACUUUCCAUUAGGCAAAGUGGAGAUGUGCAGUGUAAUGGAAUGAUACAUGGUGGUUUUAGUUCAAAGGCAGACCUUGGUUCCCUGUCCUUAACAUCUUUUCCUAUUACUCCUUCCCCUCUUGAAAAUGUCAAUGCCCCGUUUCAGUCAUACACCUUCAUGCCAGAGUUCAAUGACAUUCAGAUGGAUAGUAGAGUGAAAUUCAGUGGCUUGCAUGAUCAACAUAUUGCCACAAAUUCAAUCAAUGUCAGUACCAUUGCACCCUCUUUCUUCAACCCACCUACAAUGCUUGAUCCUUCAAGAAACACAGGAGGAAUAUACCAUCCAGUAAAUGAUUGUAAUAUGCUUUCUAUGGAUAGUUUGAUGAACCAAGGUGUCUUUUAUGAUGUUUUUCAAAAUCCUGGAAUGGACAUGAAUUUCUUGCAAACAAGAGGCAAUGUUAUCAUGGAGGAAACAAAGUCUAAUAGUUUAAAAACAUUGAAGACAGCUGUAUGUCCAAACAUGGGGAAUAUCAUGCCUAGGCUUGAGCAUGCUCAAAAUAUUAUAGGAACAGAAACUACAAAAGCUUUCCUGGCCAGUAAUUCUCAGUCUUGCACUCCAAAAACAAUUGAUGGGAGUUUCCUGACACUUGGGAUAGGAGGUAACACAGAGCAGAGAUCAAGAAAUGUUUUCAGUACCAAAGAGAUUGCCAGUAAAUUAGAUGGAGCAGUCUCUCCACACUUCAACAAUUCUCCUUCUCCACAGAUGAGAAGAAAUUCCUCAAGUCUACCUCACAGCUUUGCUGGUGGUAGUGAUGCAUAUGGAGUAUCUAGUACUGCCUGCAUUUUGGGCCACCGUACUGUGUCUGCUAGUGAUGAUACAGUUUUGAUGUCUGCCAGCAGUGAACCGAGUCCAAAUUCAUUUCCUUUUCCAUUGACUGCACUAAGUGCUAACCAGCCUCUUUCUUAUGCAAACAAUGGUAGAAAUUCAAACUUUGUUGGUAAAACUAAUUCUAUGUAUAUGCCAAUGGAUAGAGCCGGAGGUGUUAUGGGUGAUCAGGUUCUGUCAUCGUUGACAUUUAGCAAUACCAAUUCCUCUCCUCUUGGUUCUACUAAGCUGUCUGAUAUAGCAUUGGAAUCUUUUAACAAUGAAUUCUUCACACCUAAAAUAAUGUCUGAGCAGCUGCAAAGCUACCCAAAUAGUGUAAAGAACAUGCCACCAGAACCUUCAAUGAAUUUCUGUAUUCCCAGGGCUAGAGGAGGAUCAGUCGGGCCAAAUCAUUUUGGAAAACUUGGUCCAUCUUCAGGGAUUAGUCAAACUCAAACUGUCGAAGAUGGUCUAUUUCCUUCAAGUGCUCAACCCAUUGGUUAUCAGUCUUCUAGUGGGCAAAUUACUUCUCCGAGUACUGCAGGAAAUGGCCUAUUUCCACAAAGAAUUGGAGUUCAUAUUGCAGAAAACAGUGUUGUGCAGCCUGCCAUUGGAAACCAAUUUCCUAAGAGACUAGGAUUACAACUUAAUGGUGAUGCUAUUUCUCAAGCUGGUCAGGAAUGGGUGUUGCAUAAGGAAGCAGGGCAUGCCCCACAAAAUGUACUUUCAGGUAAGCUACAUCAGUCGCAAAGCAGAAGACCUGCUCAGCUUCCAACAGUGUCUGCUAAGGGCCCCAGCAGUGUCAGUGUACCUAUACAGAUAAACAGAAAUCCUUCUGGACCUGAUUUUGUCACUGGUCAUGGAAUUCCUACUGCAAAGGUUAAUGCUAUUCCGCAGGCUUCUGAAACUCAUGGACAAGCAUCUCUUAAAAGAAAAGCGUAUGAACCCCCUCCAAUGUCUCAGCGCAAGAAGAUAGUCCACCGUCCAGUGGCUCGCACCCCAGGACAGAGCCUUCGACCUCGACUUCCCACAUCCUCUCCUGCUCUUCCAUUGCCUCACGUCAAGUGGCAAGGGUCUGAUGAACCUCCAAAACCCAGUGGACAGAAAUGCCUAUUGUGCAAGAGGGACGUGGCGUUCAGUCCAGAUGGGCCGGUGCAUCAGCCUUCCAUUCUGCCAGCCGUCGCAGUUCUUCCUUGCGGCCAUGUAUUCCAUGAUCAUUGCUUGCAUAUCAUAACGCCUGAAAACCAAUCAAAUGAUCCUCCAUGCAUUCCUUGUGCCAUUGGUGAAACAUGAAGAGCUCCGCUCCGCUCCUUUUGUUAAGGUUUUUUGGGGGCUAAUUUUAGAGGGAGGCAAAAACAGCUUCAAUUUUAUAGAAAGAUUGAAUAUAUUGGGAAAGGUGACAGCAGGAUAGGUAUAGUAGUUGAAUUGUACAGAAGGUGCAACUAAGCAGGCUUGGCAGACUAACCCCAAUUUGUAAAGUUACAAUUGCUAAUAUAGCCCCAACCCCCAUCCCCUUUUUGUUCAUUCAAUGUCAGGACAUUGAUUGAUGGUUUAGUUAUUGGAAUUUUCUCUAUUUUCUUAGAAAUUGAAUGUUAAUUCAUUA